GUGAAACCGCCCCAGCGUCCGUCCCUCGCAUUCCAGCCUGACAUUCUCGGGCCGCGCGCGGCCACGGGCUGUUGUGCCAUCACCGCCCGGUCGGCCCGGUCAUUUAAGGAUUUCGACACAUGGACAUGAAAAUUUUGGCAACGCCGUGAACGAUGGUAGGGCGUAAUUCGCAUCGCACAAUUCUGGCUAUAUAUAAUCGCCAUCGGCGCCGUACGCCGAAUCAGUUUUAGUGAGCCAUCUCAGCACGUAUCGUCACCUGUUCUCUUGGAGAAAAGAAUCCGCCUGUCGCCAUGAAGCUGAUAAUUGUCUUCGCCGCCGUCGUCGCCGUCGCCCUCGCGGCGCCCCCGCACGACUACAGCCAGACCGUGGUCGUCAAGGAGACGCCGCUGGACAACAUCGGCAUCGACGGGUACCAGUACGGCUACGAGCUCUCCAGCGGCCAGGCCCACCAGGAGUCCGCCCAGCUGGUGAACGCCGGCCAGGAGAACGAGAGCCUCGUCGUCCGCGGCAGCUUCACCUACGUCGACCCGGAGACCAACGUCAGGUACACCGUCAACUACGUCGCCGACGAGAACGGAUUCCACCCCGAGGGAGCGCAUCUGCCGACCGUUUAAAUUCACUAGCCAUCAAGUAGAUAGUAAAGUCGAUAGGAAAAACGGACAGCUCUGGAUAAAUUUUCGUCAUCAUCAAGCGGGCUGGAGGGGACAAUCGAGGGGCAGUCUCGGGCGUUUCAACCAUCCCGCAUAAAUAUCCGCGUAAUUUUAAAAUAAUUCGCGGUAAUCAACUCAUGAUUUAUUAUUAUUACGGAUGCCUCGAUGCGUCGAAUAAACGCACUUGUUUACGACGCAAUAAUCGUACGCACGGCUGCGAAACUGCAUUUUUCUUCCCGUAAUCGUCACCCGCGUGCAGCUUUAAAUAAAAAUCGCGACUGUGCAUACGAGUCUGCGUUAUAAUAAGUCGUAAAAUUAAUACCGCAUUCUUCGAAAUUCCAGCCGGGCAUUAAACAGUAUCGAUAAUUAUAGCGUCUCGCAAUCGUGAAUUUAAUCCUGUUCGGAAUGCGCAGCUACGUUUGGAAAUUUAUUCAAAUGUAGUUCAUUGUAAAAUAGCUAUUUCGAUCUCAAGUUAAUAAGAAUCUUAUUAAAGAC